UUCUUGUGUGGCAGAAUGGGGUUGGACUGGAUGGCCCUUGGGAUCUUUUCCAACUCUGAUUCUCCGGUGAGAUACCAGCCUCUGGCCUUCAAGGGCUCUCCCUCUUCCCUUACUGCAAGCGACUUGGCUCCAGAAUGUGCCCUGGGGCCUGAGACGUGGGCCCGACGCGACGCCUUUCUCUUUGGCAGUGGAGUUAGCAGAGUUCCCUCGGAGGAGGAGAAGAAAGGGAGUCUCCGGAAGAGUCCUCCAAGAGAGGUGCAUGGAGUAGUAUGGCAGAAGUCUCAUCUAGACAUGGGCAGUGCUAAGGAACCAGAGACACUGCAGUUCUUGAAGCAAGAGGCUCUUCCAGAAGAUGCUCAUCAGACCAGAUCACCUUGUAGUCCAGAGAAAGACAGGUGCCUCCAGAACCUCCAGUGUGACGGAGGGCAUCUUGCCAUGCAGAACUGCUGUAUAAAUGAUCUCUCCACCAAAGAGAGCAGCCAAGACAACACCAUGGUGGAUAACCUAUAUCAAAAGGAGAAGUCUCCAGCUGCAAACCUGAAGCCUUCUGUUGAUCAACAUGCUACCACAAAUACCAUAGUUCUUAAAGACAUAAGUGCUGGUGGAACCCCACUGGAAGUGGAAGGAGAACAGUCAACCAGCCAUGAUUUGUGCCACAACAGCCAGCAGGUAUUGAGCCUGACAGAGUCUCCUGGUAACCCAGUCAAUACCUGCAGCCAUUUGGAAACAAAAGUAAGCCCUGUGACUGGGGAGGCAUGUAAGCAUCCCCUGGCCGAAUCCAACCUCAAGGAAGCCAAUAAGGACUCAGCCAGUACACCAUCCUCCUCUAAACAUGUUGGAUUUCUUGAAUCAAGCAAAGACAAAGAUGAGACAGAUAGCAUCACAACAGGAACAGGACAUUCUAAGGCAAGUUCAGCACUUGCCACGUGUCUGAAAAACACAAGCCAAGGACAGCUUCAUGACUCCUCAGGAGAUUUACCUAACUCCAGCCAUGACAUCUGUGGAACAGCAGAACAUUUCAGCGAAGGACACAGAAAUUCUUUGGUAUUGGGAGCUACCAAGGAAUCUGUUACAAAACCCUUUGGAGCUGAAGCCACACCACGGGAGUCAGAUAAGCCAGUUACAGAAAGUGACCAGUUGGAUCAGAGUGGGGAAAUAAGGUCUGUGGCUCUGGAUAAUAAGAAAGAUAGGGACUCCAGUACAGCCUUGGGAGUCCCCAUUGCUGUCAUUUCUCGUAAUGUCCAACCUCAAGACCUAACCCCAGGUGAGUUGCAAGCAAUUCCAGAUAAAGCUACCAAGGAGUCAGAAAGGCUCAGAGAAGCAGCACCUGAUGAUGCCAAGUGUCAAAAACAAGCUCAGGAACAGCAGAGACCAGAAUCAGGCUGUAUGGCUGCAUUUAAGGAACACACAACAGCUGUGGAGACGAGACAUGGAGAGCCUCUUGUCAAGACCUGCUCAAUAGAGGUCACUCCUUCCCAGCAUGAUGCUGGGACACAAGCUGACAACCGCGUGUCUUUGGUAUCAGUUGCUGUUAGCCCCAUCAACCCACCUGAUGGAUCCACAGCCUUCACUUUCCAUGGCAGGGGGUUGGGGGGCCCUUCUUUGAAGAGCCCCGGACCAGAACAGAAACCUGCCAAGAAAGAUGUGGAGAUGCAGGUGUCCAUCCCAGUGGAGACUAGAUCAGUGGCCACUGGGCCCAUGACCCCCAUUACCAAAUCCCCCCAAGCCUCCUAUCCUGAGGUGCAUGUGAAAGGGGCAGUGGAGGAGACACCUGAGCCCGUGAAGGAGGUCAGCUGGGAUGAGAAGGGGAUGACAUGGGAAGUGUAUGGUGCCUCCAUGGAAGUGGAGGUGUUGGGCAUGGCUAUCCAGAAGCACCUAGAGAAGCAGAUUGAAGAGCAUGGUCGGCAGGUGGUGAUGACUCCUCAGAGCACCCGUUCCAGCUCCAUCAAAGGGGCCCCACAGAAGGCAGAGGUCAAGAGGCAGCCCAGUGUGUUCAGGUCACUCCUACAGAAUGUGCGGCGACCCCGUUGCUGCUCCCGCGGGGGGCCAGCUGUGGAAUGAAGCAGGUCCUUUGUCACUACUUGGGUUUUAUAGCAGAUGUGGGGAAGGGAACACAAAUGUGAAGUAGUUUCUCAGGCAAUAUGUGGGACCAUUUCCAUCUGUAUUUCUCAGUCUCUCUUGCAUCUCAAAACUUUAAGUUGUCUGCCACAUCUGUUAACUGCAUUUUGGAAGAGGAGUUAGCAUCUUCUGAAGAAUGCAAGGGUGAUGCAAACAAAUAUUUGCAAAGUUCUGCAAGACAGUGUUCUUGGUGAGAAACAUGAGUGUCUGAGAAGGCAGUACUCACACCUUGUGGUGUUGCAUUGCCUGCACAGACAUUAUGUUUUUACAAUGCCAAAUUUACAUCACAACAUGCCAUGUGUUUGCUGUAAGCUGGAGAGCACCUGUAGGUUUGUAUGUACUACUGGCAUGGUCCUCUCACAGGCUAUAUUUGUCAUUUACUGAACAGCAUAAAGGUCCCAAUCCUCUGUGGCAGUGCUGAGGAACCCAAGACACUGAAGGAAGGCCAUGGAAAUUGCCAGGGAGUGGAAUGUGCCAUCUUUUAGCCAAUUUCUGUUUAAAGGGCAUCUUUGCUAUGGAAAAGUUUUCAGGAAUACUUUGUGAUCAGUUAUUGUAUAUACUGUCUAUGUUGGCAACAUGUCAAAAAUCUACUCUAUAGGAUCUUUGCUAUAAAACCUAGCUGCAUAAGGACUGGAGCAAAUGUGAUGGAUGCUGAAGGUUAAAUAUUUGCUUGCAUAAGGUCUGUCACAGAUAAAUCCACUUACCACAUGAAUUGGCCCAUUUAAGCACAUCCAUGCAGUGUCUCCCCAGGCCAUGAAUUGCUGAAAUCCGAACCCUACCUGUGAACAAUGGUUCCAGCUCAUAUGGCAAGUACCUUGAUGUAGGACAGAGGAUGUUUAAACACACAGCUGGACACACACUUUGCCAUUAGUGACUAUCACAUCUGUUUUUAUCAUUGUAUUUUAAGAAUUGAAUCUGGAACCUUGUAACUUGAAAGCAAAAUUCUGAACUAUCAUCGCCUACAAUAUUUUCUGUUUCUUACCGCACACAAAAGAAAUGUCCACAUUUUCACAUCUUCACCUUUAGAAGAAUACAUUUGCACCAGUUCCUAGUCAUUAAGAUUCUUUUACCAGAAACAGCAGCAACAACAAAGCUUCCUCUAGUUUUUAAUUACUCUGUAGUGUGGAAGUAUAUUUCUUUAAUGUUGUGUGGCUUCUCCAUCCUCGAUAAAAACACAACGGCAAAAGCAGUUACUUCCUUACCAGUUUCUAGACUCAUUUCAUUUUUUUAAAAUACAGUGGACAAUUCCACUAAUAUAUAUACUCACAUAUAAGGACAGGUUUGGGGGGGGGGGGGGGAGAGAGAGAAAAAAAAUUAUAGAUUUUGAUGUGACCUGUGGAUACAUUGAUGGUCAUUCCACAGAGAAGGUAAAGCAUCAGUGCUGCCUUGGAGGGCCAGCCACUGUGACCAUCAUUUACCUGCCCAAACAUUCAGAAACCCUUUUGCAACUCUACUCAGAGAAGGAAAUUGCUCUCUUUUCAUAAAAUUUAAGGUAAAGUAAUAACUGUUAUCAAAAAAGGAACCCUCCCUUUUUCUGUGUGGUGUGAUGAACAGUAAGAGCUUAGUUCAUUCUGGGAGAACAUAAAAGAAUCACUGAACCCCCAUCCACUUUCUCAUUGCCCCUUUCAUGGAAAGCCUAAAGAGUUGUUGCCAUCACCAUUUCCCCACCCAGACACUCAUAAAAUCCAGAAAUGACACCAUAGCAGAGAAAGCAGAAGGCAUUGGUGCUUCUCUUCAGGUCUCACCUUUUGCCACUCAGAGAAAGAUAGGUUUCUUUUUAUCAGAGUUAAGGUACAGUACUUACAUUGACCUGUGGAUAUGUUGGCCCAAUUUUUUGGGAUCAGUAUUUACUAAAAUGUCUAGACAUAUACAAGAGAAUGUACAAAUUAUUAAUUUGACAUUAAUUUGAAGCUCACUUUCCCGGUUUCACUGCCUUCAUUGACUUGCUGUGGUAAAACCAGUGCUUGCUCUAAUUCCAGCCCAUGGGCAGCAUGUUCCUCAGUUAUGUCUUGGGCUUAAUGCAGACAUGGCACUGCUAACCCCCUUUUCCUCAUGUAGGUGUAACCUUUAAGUCCCAUAAACCAUCUGCAGCCCUCCCUGUUUGGACUGCAGCUUAAGAAGAGUGGAACAUUUCUGUACCCAUGCCACAACAUCCCUCCUACUUUUUUUCUUUUGAAGUCUUGAACAAGGCCUUUACCAUAAAUGGUCACCAAGUUUAACUGAAUAUAGAACUGAAAAAGUUAAACUCAUUACACCCAAUUGUAUUUGGUCAAAUAGCUCUUAAGAUGUAGACAGCAGCAGCAAUUGACUUCUAUUCUAAAAUUGCCAAAGACCCUGAGCUCAGUCUUGCUACCCAAGGUUAGAUCAGAGGCCUUCUUCCUUGCUCUUUACAUAGGCAUUGUCAAUCUCAAGAUUAGUUUCAGAUUUUCUGGAUUUGGCAUAAGCCACUGUUAGAUACGUGCAAACAGAGAUCACAGUGUUGAAGCAUGCUGUUUGGGUUUUGUAAUAGGUCAGUGUCAGGGUUUGCCAGCUCCUAAUGUGCAUAUACCUGGCCCUGGGAAGAAACAACAGCAGCCAUCACAGUCAACAAUUAAAUUCCUCUUUCUGAAGCAGCUGAUAAUCUUUUAGCACCACUAAAUGCAACAACAAUCACACUAGAUAAGGCAAAAAUCCAAGUUAGUCAAGAAUAUUUUUUCUGCACAAUUGACAAAUCAGAGCUUGGAAGAAUUACUACUUUUGAAUUAAACUCUCAAAAUAAUAACAGUGCUGACUUGGGGAUUCUGGGAAUUGUAGUCCCAAAAAAUCACUUUUCUGACUUCUGAACCAGACAAAUUCCUUUAGUGAGUUGGCAGGCAAAAUGAAAAGGCCAUCAUCUUGUCUCACAUUAUUUCCGUGCCAACUACUCUUCAGUGUUAUACUGCCUUCCAACAUGGAGAUCUUCACUUGCCAUAGACCUGCUCUCCAUGAAUUUAUCUCAGUUGGUUUUAAAUCUGUCUGACUUAGUGACUGUCUCAUAUUGCCAUGAUUUCACACCAGUUUAGGCUGCUAUUUGAUCACUCUUUCUUGGUCAUAUACCAUGUUGUACUGGAUAAUAUGGAACUUGAGCUUUUCUGUGCAGGAGCCUACUUCUGGAGAUACAGACUUACCUACAAAAUGCAUGUCACACUAUGUUCCGAGAGCUGUGCUGGCUUUGCUGCAACAAGAUUACAUAGCUACACUUCUGCCAGGUUAUUGCUUUAAGGCUCAGGAGCCAAGCUUUAGUGGAACAGUGUCAGAAUUGCAAUUCUGUACCCGAUGAGUUUUCCAUGAAGUGUAGUGCAUAGUAUAGAGUUUCUGGGACAUUUAAAGAACUUGAAAGUCCCAAUCUUUUAUUGCUAUGAAGGAAGACAUGGGAAACAUACAGCUUUAUCUGUGGAUAGCUGCAGUAUUUGUGGAGAGAGCUGAUAUAGCUUGAAAAUACAAUGGUCAAUGUCUUUAGAUUGUGAUCUGACAAACUAAGCUGUCAGCUAGGGGUGGGGAUGAUGCAGCCUUGAGUAACCAGAAUCAUGGAGUUGGAAGGGGCCUCAAGGGCCAUCAUGUCCAAUCCCUCUGCACAAUGCAGAUUCUCCAGGUAGAACACUCCCAGCAGCUAGCCAUUAAUGGUCUUUUUGUUGGUAUAUGUAAUCCAUCCACAUGUGGAGAAUGCACCACUCCUAGCCCUACUCCAUCCAGUUCCAGCUCCAAGGCAAAAUGUUGUUGGUACACUUAUUUCUGGUAUACAAUAAAUACAUGGAACAGCCUCUGCCAUGGCUAGGUGACCUGUGACCUGCCAUAUAUAGUCCAAAUCCCAUUACAGCUGGCCAUCCUGACUAAUAAAGUGAUACAGUGGGAGUACUAGCUCAUGAACUUCCAGAAGGUAACUAUUUUUUGCACUAAUGUAAUACUUUUCAAGUAGGCUCACAAGUUUUCUGGCCAUCUUGACAGCGGCAUCCCACACACUACAGGAAUCUCAUUUGUCAGCUCUAGAAUAGUUCAUUGAGUUGAAUCAACUCAAAAUUAAGCCAAUGAGUAAUAUUACUCAGAAGCAUCAUUUCAGCAUGUACACAGAACCCUGCAAUUACUCUGGCAGUCUGAAAAUCCAUGGAUUUCUCACAAUAUUGGCUUCUGCAAGUUUGUCAGUGAUAGACCAGAAGUGAAAGACUCAAUUGGAUUAGGACUUUUGCUGAAUUCUGAGGUGGCAUCUUGAAUCCUAGGUCACAAGGCUGGUGCCACUGGACAAUAAAUUUGCCUGAGAAACUAGUUGUUUGGAAGGAUCUUGUAUAUGAGUGUGUGGCUCAAGGCAUGCCCUUGUUUGUGGGCAUGCAGGUGUGUGUGUUUCCCUCUGCAGUCUGGGUCCCCCCACCCCACCCACCCUGAGAGCAAGGAGGUCCAUUGCCAUUGGAAAUAUGGCUAGUUUUAUGUCUUUUUCUCAGAGGGUCUGGGUGGGCUGGGAUAUUUCAUUCAUAUGUGUUGGAAUAUGGGGCCUUUUUAAAAUACACUGUUUUCUCUGUUGUGUUUAUUCUGAAUCAAGUUCUUGUUUUUAUGAAAGUGUCUUGAAAAUGCUCUUUCUUUCCCUCCCCACCUCCCUAAUCUCCCCCCCCCCCCCGCCAAGUAUUUUAUGCAUUGGGAAUUUAGCAUUUUUGUGGCUUUCCCCCUAAACAACCAGGUAUGGAAAGAGAUGAAUGGAACAAAUUAGUUGAAGGAGAGGAGAGAAUGGUUAAAAGCCUCUUUUCAGUACCAAUUUUUUGUUUUCUUAAUCCAGAGUAGUUGCAUCAAAUAUUUUUUUACUGAAGGUGCCUCCAGUUAAGGAACAUAAUUCUGAUCUUAGAAAUAUUGCUUUUAUGUGCUAUACUCCCACAGUCUACCAAUAGCGCUGGCCAUGCUGUCUGAGAGAUUGUGCAAGUGUAGCACAAAAAGGUAGCAUUUCUAAACUCUUGAAUAUUAGAGUGCCAAAAACCAACACACAUGCCCCUGGACAUCUCUGCUGUUUAUGGUAUCAUCUUAAUUUUUUUUUAAGUUUAUGGUUCUUCCUGGCAUUAUAUGAAUUAAUGGUUGCCAGCCUGUUUUUUCCAGUUGCACAAUAGAAGAAAUGCAGCUGGCUUGGUGUUUCCCAGCUUGCCAAUCACGUGAGAAGAAGUAAUGGGGUGGCUAGUUGAAUUUCCUCUUGUUGUGAAAAUGUUCCAGAAAAGGAUAAUAGAGUGGCAAUCCUACUUGGAACACUGAGUGAAAUCCAUUAUGCUUGGUGAUGUGGGCUUUAUUCCAAAAGGAGACAGAGACUUCAUCCCUUUGACAAAUCAAGAAGAUGGACACCAUUUGGCAGGUGCAUCUCCAGCUGUCUCUGCAACACUUGUGAGGGGAGCAAAUGAACUUGAAGAAUCUCUCUUUCGCAGAAGGCUCUCAGAUGGACCAAAGCCCAGCACCUCUUAUAACAUACAUGUCCUACCAAGAGAGGCAGAAGAGCAUUGCUUUGAUCUGUGGAUUACUUUCCUGUUGGAAAGCAUGGAUUAGCAGGCUGGUGCACUAGGAAGUUUUGGUGAUGACAGGGAAGGGUUUUUUUUAAUCCAAUUCAUCCUCUUCAUCUGCAGAGGGAUUGCCUUAAAAUUGGAUUCGCCCUGGGUAGCACUGAUAAGGUUAACAGUAUCAGGCCCAGAUCUUGGAAGAGAGAAGGACCAUUUCUCCAGCAAUGAUGAAUCUGAGUGAAUUCUCAGUGUCUGCAGCAAAAUGGAAUUUAAAAGAUCUGUGAAACGAUGGAAGGAUACAGUAUGGUCUGCCUGCACAUAAGUGUUGUGUUUGAUAUAAGACAAAAUCAAAGUUUACUUUUUGGAUGUUUUUCCUAAAUAUUUUCAUGCCACAGUUGGUUGAAUCGGUGGAAGUAGAAUCCAUGGAUACUUGGCUGUCGUAAGGACUUGUGUGCACCAGUAUAUACAGCAUAGAAGGAAUUGUUCUGAAACUAACAGCAGAGGUAGGAUUCAUCUAUCUUCUCACCAAGGAUGUGCUUCUCAGUCCUUACCCUGAACAAGGAUGGAAUACUGAUAUUUGGCGGUUCCUGCCAAAACCAUUAACUGGCACUAAGGGAGUUUUAAGACGUGAUUUGGCAUAACAUUUUCCCCACAACUUCAACUACACAAAGGAAAAAAUUGAUCAAGCGCUGGCACUGAAUUGUCAAAAGUUCUGCUUAGCUAGCUAGUACUGCAUCUAUACAGCUGAAUUAAUGCAGUUUGUCACCACAUGAAUGUAAUGGUUCAAUGCUAUGGAAUCUUGAGAGUUGUAGUUUUACAAAGUCUUUAGUCUUCUAUGGCAGAGUACUGGUGCCUCACCAAGCUACAACUCCCAGGAUUCCAUAGCAUUGAGCCAUGACAAUUAAAGUUGCGUCAAACUGCAGUAAUUCCAUAGUGUUGAUGUACUCCAGCAAUAAUUAAACCUGUGCAGAUGCUGAGGCAGGGUAUUUAUUGCUGAAUACAUUGAUUUAUGAGUGCAUUGUGUUUUGGUGGGUUUUUUUGGUUUUUUUGGCAAGGCCUAGUGCUCACAAGUAAUCUUCUGCUUGUGUAAGAUAGAAAAUGAGAGAGACUGGCUCUCCAGCAAGAGCUACGUCCUGUACAGUUUGCUGAGCAUACUAAGAACUUGUAUCCAUAAACAGUUUCCUUCUCAGUGGGACUUGUCUUGCUGUGCAAAAUUAGGUUGCAGGAGACAUCUCCAAACGUACAUAUGAGAGGAGCGGGACAAAGAGAAUGAGACGUGUAGAUUUCCAUUCCCAAAUCUCCAACAAUUGAUAGCAUCACUGGCAUACAGGAUUGCAGAGGGUAUAACUAGUGCCAAAUGCCAUUUUACUUACUGGAGAAACCUACAGAACUGCUGUGGACCCUUCCCAUCCCUACACCCUGCCUUGUGUGCUGUUCUCAGUAUGGUGUUCACGUGCCAUAUGGAUCUAUAGUACCAAGCAAUGAUGAGUUGUUAACAGUAACCUUGCCUUUUGGUUUUGGUUUUCUUCCCUUCUUUAUAUCCUUAGUCUAUAAACUUGUAAACCUGGCUGUUGGAUAAUAAAAUUUUCUCCAAAAAAAAUCAAA